AUGGCCGACAAUGACGAGAGCGUGAAAUCAGGGCUCUCUUUUGGAUUCUCCAAGAAAAUCAACUCCAAAAAGCUUCAAAAAUCCGCUGUUAGUGAAGAUAUUGCAUCGGAGGACCAUUCGAAAGAUUUUGUCACCUCUUUAGAAGGCAAGGAAGUAAAGAGUACGAAACCAAAGCAAGAUCGUUCCUCCAAAAAAUACGUUAUCCCACUGAUCAAAGAAAAUAAGUGGCGAACUUCAGGAAACGAAAUGGACGACAAAGCUGCAAAAGAAAUUAUAGAAGAUUCUUCAAAGUCAAACGAAAACUGGGUUGAUAGAGGUGGUGAUGGUGUAGACCCAAAUUUACAAGUGCCCUUGUUGAUGAAAAAUAGAGUACCUGCUGGAUUUGAAACUGAUGAAAAAUUGAAUGUCGUAUUGAGACCUGAUGCCCCAGACACUGUCGAUUAUGAAGAGAUACCGAUUGAUCACUUUGGGAAAGCUAUGCUUCGUGGUAUGGGUUGGGAAGAAGGUAAAGGAAUUGGUAAAAAUGAGAAAGCUAUAGCCCCGUAUGAAGCUGUUAUGAGGACAAAAGGACUUGGACUUGGUGCUGAUAAGAAACAACCAACAGGAGAAAAUGGUAACAAUUCCGAAUCAAAUGAAAAGUCACAAGAUCAGAAUAUUGAUAUGAAGAAAGGCUCACACUGUGUAUUUUUGAAAGGUUCAAACAAAGAUAUGUAUGGUACUAUUGAAGGUAUUGAUGAAGAUAAUGCUCGUGUGAUGGUUAAAAUCGCUAUAACAGGAAAAACCGACACAUUAUCUCAGUUCUCAAUCAAAUUGGUGUCUAAAAAAGAAUUCGACAAAUACUCUAAAUAUAUCAACAAAGGCAAAGCUGAUCGAUUUAAAGAGGAUGAGAAAAAGGCUAAA